GGACCAGGUGGCGGGGUGAGGAUCUGGCCCACGGGAGGACCGCCCCAGGUGCGGCUGGCCCUGUGACCUGAGCCCAACGCCGUCUGGGGCACAGAAGGAGCUGGGGGGUGGGGUGGGGGGUGCAGAGAGAGGCCCCGCCCUGGCUAGCCCAAGGGCGCCUGUCAGGGAGCCCGGCAGGCCUGGCCAAGGACGGAGUGAAGAUCAACAGGUUGGGGUCCACCCUGAGGGUCUUGACCAUGUUCCCCUCUCCUCUGCUGCUGACGACUCAACCCUGUGAGCCCCUCAAUUCCCAGAACCCUACCACUUGGGAGCCUCACCAGGCUGUCCCUUCUGGGACUCUUGAACCUCAAGACACCCCAGACCCCCCUAGUCCUGGCAGGACAGCUUGGAAAAGUACUGGGUUGGGAGUCCCCAGGCCUGGGGCCCAGAACAGGAUCUGCUACUACAGGGCCACCCUCCCCCACCCAGGCCACAGUUUCUCACUUGUGUAAAAGUCCAAAGUUGGACCCUGUGUCCUCCAAGACCCAUUUCAGGGCUGACAACAGUCACUGUUUCUUCUUCGCCCCUUAGCAUGGGCUGUGGGUGGGGGCGGUGUGGGAUGGGGCGCUGGACCAGGAGCACCCGCCACCGCCACGUGUUCAGAGGCAAGCUGGGGGCUUGGGGAAGGCCUGAGAGAGAAGCAGCAGCAGGGGUGAGGCAUGGGUGGGCGGAGCUAAGGCUGGGUAAGGGGCCUGUUCCUGGCCCUAGGCUGAGGAGGACAACUCAGCCUGCUGGGCAGAGCACAUCCUCCCUCCAUGUCUUCUCUGCCUGAAGGAACCCCUUCUGAGGUUCUUUUGGCAAAGAUGCUUCAUCUCAGCGAGACGUUCUCGCUCAACAACGUGAUCAGACAGACGGGACUUGGGGGUCUCGCCUCGAAUGCCACUUGUCACAAGCUGUGACACCUUGAGCAAGUUAUUUCACUCUCCUGAGUCUGGAAAACGAGGGUCCCAACAUCCACGCUCCCAGAGCUGGGAUAAAACGAGACACUGAAAGCAUCUGGUGGCCAUAAGUUCUCUGCCAACACACCCCCAUGAAGCCUUCUCCCCAAGCCCUCCCACCAGCCCUGUUCAGACACAGGGGGGCCAGCCUUGUGUCUGGGGAAACUUAAUGGUAGGUUCGGGACAAUCAAGAUUGAGUCAUGGAGACAAAUAAUGAUAACCCCAUGUCUGCUUCUGAGGCUGCUGUGUAUACACUUUGCUCUGUGGGCGCAUCCUCUGGGCCAUCUGCUGGGGACCCUGGGUGUGUCUCUGCCUUCUUGCCUUUGAUUGUGGACCCGGGAUGACCAGUGGGGAGCUUCCACCAUUGUGAGAUGGGUCCUGAAGGGUGGCAAGGACUCGGGGGCAGGAAGUUGGUCCCUGCCCGUCUGUGUGGCAUUUUUGCUAACAGUUACCAUUCUCAGGUGAAGCAGCUAAGCAGUGUCCCUCGCAGGGGUAGGUGGCCAGGGCAGGGAGAACAGUGGGUGGCCAGAACUGGAAGAGGGCAUAUGGCCGGCUCCCUGGUCCUGGGUCUCUCCUCAACUUAGUGUGUACUUGCCCUUUGUACACACAUGCCCUGAGGUGCACACUGCAGAGUGCCCCCAGGGUGUCCCUUUUGGUGGCUGCAAUUUGGCUCCUGGGGGCUGUUGAGCCGCCCUGAGUGUGUUUCUAGCAGAUUCCCUGGUGUUUGAGCCUGUGAUGCACUGGAGGCAUCUUUACUCGGCUUGUUGUUUAGGACAGGGUGUGAAACUGAGCACAAGGGAUGGGCCAUUGGGUGAGGGAUCCUGUGCUCUGUCUGCACACCCCCUUGCAUGUGCCGGCUGCCGGGUGAGUCAGGGCCUGAGUCAGGGGGCCCCGGAGACUGGGUGUGGGCAGGCGUGUCCCUACCCCUUUCCUGUUAUCUCUGGUACUGAGGUGGGAGCCUCUGAUGGGAUUAAGGGGGUGUGGCGGACUGCCCCGACUUCAGCCUGGUGGGCGGGGCCUGCAUCCCAUAUCCCCGCCCACUUCCACCUUGUCCUCACUCAGGAGUAACCCUAAGGCCUUCAAGGGUUGUGGGGACCAAAAAGGGAGGCAAGGAGGUGUCAGAGCGAUUGACUGAGGUGUGGGACAGAGGCCAGGUUCCCUCCCCCCCCCAGGAGAUGGGUGGGAGGCUGGAGGACCGGCUGGUCGCCCAGAUGCCUCCCUUCUUUGCCCAGCCUGUGCCCAGUGACAGGCUGUCAGGAUGAGGACCGCAGGCCGCAGGAAACCUGAGUGAUGUAAAACAGGAUCUUUAUAUUUGGGAGCAUGGAUGCUGGGGAGGGAGGCAGACUGCCUAGGAGCCCCCUCAGAGGCGGUGAGGGGCUUGCUGCCUCCCUUUCCUUCCCCGCUCCAGCCUCGGAGGUGGGGGGAAAGGCUCCCGACUGCCUGUCAGGGAGGGUGAUGUCCCAGCCCGCGGCCUGCGCCCCCGUGUGACUUGCGCCUGGUUGUCUGUAUCUGGAAUAAUGAUACCUUGGUCUAAAAUGAAAGCCAGGGACAGACAGAGUGGGCUGGCCGCCCAGGAGCCUGGCAGCCCAGCCCUGUCCCAGUCGUAGGUGUCACCCUGGCUCUCUCCCUGUGAGUUUUCCAUUUCCUGAUCCUCUGCCCCAUCCUCGCGCCCCCCUGCCCCUGCCUCUCAGAGGCCAGGUCUCUGUUUCCUGCCGCAGAUCCUAGGCACUUGCCCCACUAGAAACGCAGGUGUCCAAGUCACUCCCACCCCCCAGGGCUGACCAGCCUUCAGCUUUGCCACUCCCUGCCCCUGGGGCCCGUAACCAGAGCCAGGCUCCAGCCGGCUUUUCCGGUUGGAGGUCGGAGGUGGUGCCCGGAGCGCCCCUGAAGGGGGUGCGGGGCCCACGCCCCGGAAGUCCCGGAGUCUCUGGGACUCUCUCUGGUCCAGUGGUGGAGGAAGCCGGGGCUGGCCGCCUGGAUUCCGGGUACCUGGGGUCAGAGAAGCAGAGCGAAGUGUUUCGGAUUGGCGUCAAGGGUGGGAGGAGAUGCCUGGGCUCCCGGAGAAGGCCGCACGGGCACGCUGUGGGGCAGCGGCCCCGUGGACUGCCCCUCCUGAGCUCUGAGAGGGCAGGCAGAGUCCGACCGGGGCAGGGGUCCCUGGGAGCAGAGGUGGUGAAGACAGUAGUUGCCCGGCUCCAGGAAGGAGGCGAGGUCUGUGGGGGGAGGGGAAGGAAGCGCACAGCUUGUGGGUUCUGCCAGAGUUUGGCAGGGCCGAGCGCGGAGUGGGAGCAGAUGCGUGUGUCUGGCUCUUCUGGGGACCCGGCACCAGGCGCGCUUAACUGAGAGUCUCUCUCUGCACCCUCCACUUCCUGCCCUCCCACAGGCGGGAUGAUUCCAGUGGCGGAGUUCAAGCAGUUCGCGGAGCAGCAGCCCGCCUUCAAGGUGCUCAAACCUUGGUGGGACGUGCUGGCCGAGUACCUCACCGUGGCUAUGCUCAUGAUCGGGGUCUUCGGCUGCACCCUCCAGGUGACACAGGACAAGAUCAUCUGUCUGCCCAGUCACGAACCCCGGGAGAACUUAUCAGAGGCCCCGUGCCAGCAACUGCUGCCGCGGGGGGUCUCCGAGCACAUGGGGGACCUCCGGGAGUUGAGCGGCCUCAGGAACAACCUGGACCUGCAGCAAUACAGCUUCAUUAACCAGCUCUGCUACGAGACCGCCCUCCACUGGUACGCCAAGUACUUCCCCUACCUGGUCGUCAUCCACACGCUCAUCUUCAUGGUCUGCACCAGCUUCUGGUUCAAGUUCCCCAGCACCAGCUCCAAGAUCGAGCACUUCAUCUCCAUUCUGGGCAAGUGUUUCGACUCUCCGUGGACCACGCGGGCCCUAUCCGAGGUCUCCGGGGAGAACCACAAGAACCCUGCCGCCGCCAGGCGGGCAAUGGUGACCAUGGCAGCAGCGGCGGCAGGACCGGGGAAGGCAGGUGAGGGUGAGAAGGAGAAGGUGCUGGCGGAGCCCGAGAAGGUGGUGACGGAGCCACCGGCUGUCACCCUGCUGGACAAAAAGGAAGGUGAGCAGGCCAAAGCCCUGUUUGAGAAGGUCAAGAAAUUCCGCAUGCACGUGGAAGAGGGGGACAUCCUGUACACCAUGUACAUCCGGCAGACGGUGCUCAAGGUCUGCAAGUUCUUGGCCAUCCUGGUCUACAACCUCGUCUACGUGGGGAAGAUCAGCUUCCUGGUGGCCUGUAGGGUGGAGACCUCGGAGGUCACGGGCUAUGCCAGCUUCUGCUGCAACCACACCAAGGCCCACCUCUUCUCCAAGCUGGCUUUCUGCUACAUCUCCUUCGUGUGCGUCUACGGGAUCACCUGCUUCUACACACUCUGCUGGCUCUUCCACCGGCCCCUCAAGGAGUACUCCUUCCGAUCUGUGCGGGAAGAGACGGGCAUGGGCGACAUCCCUGACGUCAAGAACGACUUCGCCUUCAUGCUGCACCUCAUCGACCAGUACGACUCACUCUACUCCAAGCGCUUCGCUGUCUUCCUCUCCGAGGUCAGCGAGAGCCGCCUGAAGCAGCUCAACCUCAACCACGAGUGGACGACCGAGAAGCUGCGGCAGAAGCUGCAGCGCAACGCCUGGGGCCGGCUCGAGCUUGCCCUCUGCAUGCUCCCGGGGCUGCCCGACACGGUCUUCGAGCUCAGCGAGGUGGAGGCACUGCGGCUGGAGGCCAUCUGUGACAUCACCUUCCCCCCAGGCCUCGCACAGCUGGUGCACCUGCAGGAGCUCAGCCUGCUCCACUCGCCGGCCAGGCUGCCCUUCUCCUUGCAGAUCUUCCUGCGGGACCACCUGAAGGUCAUCCGGGUCAAGUGCGAGGAGCUCCGAGAGGUGCCCCUCUGGGUGUUCGGGCUGCGCGGCCUGGAGGAGCUGCACCUGGAGGGGCUCUUCCCCCUGGACCUGGCCCGGGCGGCGACCCUCGAGAGCCUCCGGGAGCUGAAGCAGCUGAAGGUGCUGUCGCUGCAGAGCAACGCCGGCAAGGUGCCCGCCAGCGUGACCGACGUGGCCGGUCACCUGCAGCGGCUCAGCCUGCACAAUGACGGGGCCCGCCUGCUGGCACUGAACAGCCUCAAGAAGCUGGUGGUGCUUCGGGAGCUGGAGCUGGUGGCCUGCGGGCUGGAGCGCAUCCCCCAUGCCGUCUUCAGCCUGGGCGCACUGCAGGAACUGGACCUCAAGGACAACCACCUGCGGUCCAUCGAGGAGAUCCUCAGCUUCCAGCACUGCCGCAAGCUGGUCACACUCCGGCUGUGGCACAACCAGAUCGCCUACGUCCCCGAGCACGUACGGAAGCUCCGGGGCCUUGAGCAGCUCUAUCUCAGCCACAACAAGCUGGAGACACUGCCCACCCAGCUCGGCAUGUGCUCUGGCCUCCGCCUGCUGGAUGUCUCCCAUAACGGGCUGCACUCCCUGCCGGCCGAGCUGGGCCUCCUCCAGAACCUGCAGCACCUGGCUCUCUCCUACAACGCCCUGGAGCUUCUGCCCGACGAGCUCUUCUUCUGCCGCAAGCUGCGGACGCUGCUCCUCGGCUACAACCAGCUGAGCCAGCUCUCGCCCCAGGUGGGGGCCCUCAGGGCCCUCAGCCGCCUGGAGCUCAAGGGCAACCGGCUGGAGGCGCUGCCGGAAGAACUCGGCAACUGUGGGGGGCUGAAGAAGUCGGGGCUCCUGGUGGAGGACACCCUUUACGAAGGGCUGCCGGCAGAGGUGCGGGACAGGAUGGAGGUGGAGUGAAGCCAGGGAGGGGCAGGUUGCGGUAGAGGCCUUCCGGAUGCUACCAUCCUGGAAUCUCUACCGUUAUCUUCAAGGGAGGGGGCCAAGUGAGCCCAGGCCAGGAGAGGAGGAGCAGACGUGGCAGGCUGGUGGAGCCCAGGCAAGAUCCUGGGAUUGGUUUGUCUGGGAGGCUGUGGAUCUUGGGUGGAACAUCCUGGAGGGAUUAACUCAGUCAUAAGACUCUCAGAGCAAAACCACACCUGUGUCUUUGGCUAGCUGGCCCGCCCCCAGCCCUGGGCCAGAGCUGCUGCUGCCCCCAACCCACUCCGAACAUUCUGGCUCAAUCAAUGCCACGUAUGGGGGUGGGGCUCAUCCCAAUGGGAUUUCAACCCUCUCUCCCUGACCAAAACAGCUUACAUCUGGGGUUCUCUCCCAAGGAGGGGACACAGACGCAACGGACAAGCUCCCCCCUCCUCCACCCCCAACUUGGAUGUUAAUCCCCUAUUUAUAAGUUGUUUGCUAUAGACACCUGAACUCAGAAAAAUGGUUUUCAUAUUUGACUAGGCAUCAAAAUCAACAUCACCAAAACAAAACAUCCCAGGCCCCACCCCUGAAAGACUGACUCAGGAGGUUCAGCUGGAGGCCAGGAACUUGCCGGUAAAUAUAAGCAUCCCAGGUAAUUCUGACACGGACGGUCACAGGCCUGUGUGUUGGUAAAUGCUGACCUGCAGAGUAGAUAUCUUGGUGUCUAGAGGAGGGAUUCUCCUCCCUCUAGAGGAGGGAUUCUUUUUUUUAUAUCCCUAGAUGCUUUGAGAAAUCUGAUGAAAGCUGGGCACCUCCUUCCUCAGGAAAAUGCUCACGUACACAUACAUGAAAAGUUCUGCAAACAACUUGAGGCAAUCAACAGAUUCCCCCAGAUCCCCUAGAGGGCUGUUUAUGGACAUCCUAAGGAUCGGGGACCCCAGGUUAAGAACACCUGCUGUGGCGGGUACAUUUUUCUGAAAACAGGCUGGAACUUUGUCUUUCAAAUGUUCCCUGUGCGAGGGAGUGUAUAUCAGUGGGUGCUUAAUAAAUGAUACUAACUAUGAGAACUAUAAUCUUGGUCCCUUGUGUCCACUCCUGUCAUAGUCUAAGCCUUCGAUUCCACCAGACCAAGUACAGGCAAGUGGCGACAGUC